AUGUCACGGACCAGCAUUUCGAUGGCCCUGGAAGACUUCUAUGCAGUCCACAGAAACUACACCCCGAAGCUAGUUCUCCACAUCAGGGACUCCAAAAGUAACAAUGUCCAAGCUGCAUCAGCAGCCCUCGACCUGCUAGAGAAUUACAGCGUCCAAGUUAUCAUAGGUCCUCAAACAUCUUCACAAGCAGCAUUUGUAUCGGAUCUCGGGAAUAAAAGUCAGGUCCCUGUGAUCUCCUUCACAGCAACAAGCCCAUCUCUUUACUCUGGCAGUCUUCCAUAUUUUGUUCGUGCAACACUGAGUGACUCUACACAAGUGAAUAGCAUUGCCUCCCUAAUCAAGGCCUAUGGGUGGAGACAGGUGGUGCCAAUUUAUGAAGAAACUGACUAUGGUAGAGGUGUCAUACCAUAUCUCAUUGACGCCCUCCAAGAAAUUGAUGUCCGUGUUCCCUACCGGAGUGUGAUCCCCCUGUCAGCAACUACUGAACAAAUUACCAAAGAACUCUAUAAGUUAUUGACAAUGCAAACAAGGGUCUUCUUGGUGCAUAUGUCACCUGAUUUGGCUUCGAUCCUCUUCACAAUGGCAAAAGAGGUUGGUAUGAUGAAGAAAGGAUUUGUAUGGAUCAUGACAGAUGGGCUAACCAAUGUCAUAGACUCCACGAACCCUUCUGUUAUGGAAGCAAUGAAUGGUGUUUUAGGAGUAAAGUUUUAUACUCCUAAAUCAGCAGAACUGGAUAACUACACCAUACGCUGGAUGAGAUUACAGAUUGAUAACCCAAAUGAUCCACCACUGAAACUAAGCAUAUUUGAACUCUGGGGCUAUGAUACUAUAUGGGCGGUAGCGCAAGCAGUUGAAAAGCUUGGUAUUAAGAACAAAACAUCAUUUCAAAAACCAGCAGUUGCAAGAAACAUGACAAGCAUGGGAACUUCUGUUUAUGGCCCGGAUCUCCUAAAGACCAUCUUGCAAUACAAAUUUAGAGGUUUGAGUGGUCAUUUUGACCUUUCAGGUAGGCAGCUGCAAGCUUCUACAUUUCAGAUAAUAAAUGUAGUUGAUAAAGGGUGGAAAGAAAUUGGGUUUUGGACUGCAGAAAAUGGAAUUUCCCGGCGACUAUAUCACGGAGAAUCAACGACACGGCAUUCAGGCUUAGCUUCUGACCUAAACCCGGUAAUUUGGCCAGGAAAAUCAACAGAGAUACCCAAAGGGUGGGAAGCUCCUGUGAAUGGGAAGAAGCUUCGAGUAGGAGUGCACACAAGUGUAUACCCACAAUUUAUGACAAGUGGAAAAGAUCCUAUUACUGGGGCCACUACAGCAAGUGGCCUUUCCAUUGAUGUAUUCGAAGAGGCAAUUAAAAGACUUCCCUAUGCACUGCCCUAUGAGUAUGUAGCAUUUGGCACUACGAAUGACACAAGCAGUGGAGGUUAUGAUGAUUUUGUUUACCAAGUUUACCUUAAGAAAUAUGAUGUAGCCAUUGGGGACAUAACAAUCUCACAUAACAGAACUUCCUACGUCGACUUCACUCUACCAUACACAGAAUCAGGAGUGGCAAUGGUUGUUCCAGCCAAGAGCAGCAGAACUAACAACAUAUGGAUUUUCGUUGAGCCAUUAUCACGUGACCUGUGGCUCGGAAGCAUCAUAUUACUAUUCUACACAUGGGUUGUUCUCUGGCUAAUGGAGUUCCUGGAAAACAGCACAAAUAUUGCUGGACAAGUCCCCAAACAGCUCGGGAUUAUGACUUCCUUUUCCCUAUUUGGAGACAGAUUUGCAGCGAUGAUUGUCCAGGAUGAUAGAUCCAUGGGAUCGAGUAGGGUAGGAUUUCUGGUAAACCUACCUUCUCCAGCGGUUGAUGAACUCGAGCCGGAGGCCAUCGUGGAGAGGGCGAUGGUGGCGAUGGCAGAGAGAGAGAACGGAGUGGAAAGUUUACGAUCUCGGAUAGUUUUGAUUGUAUGGGUGUUUUUCUUCCUUGUACUGUCAGCAAGCUACACCGCAAAUUUGGCAACAAUGCUUACCAUAAGACAGCUAAAUCCAACUAUAACUGAUAUCCAUGACCUCCGUAAAAGUGGGGACUAUGUAGGAUGCACUAGUGGUUCCUAUGUCGAGAGUCUACUGGAACAACUCAAUUUUGACAGAUUGAAGAUCAAGACCUAUAGUACCUACGAUGGAUUUUACAGUGCACUCUCGAAGGGAAGCAAAAGUGGGGGAAUUGCUGCGUUCAUUCAUGAAGUCCCAUACAUCAGACUGUUUCUUGCAAAGAACUGCAAAGGAUUAGAGACAUGCAUGUACAUCUCGUCGCUGCUAGUUUUAUUUAAGAUGGGACCAUUGCUGGCUUUGCAUACCUAA